AUGGAGAGGGAGGAAAGGCAAAAUCAAUACUUAAAUGACGUACCACGAGAGUUGGUCGAACUUUUGGAGGUUGUCAAAAUGCAGAAUUCUAAAAUUUAUGAGAUGCAAGAGGAGUCCGUGAGGUGGAACCAACAACAUGCAGUAAACUUGAAGUGUCUCAUCGAAAGACUCGAUGAGAUGUAUAAGACAAUCAAAGAACUAAAAGAGAAAUCACAGAAAAAUAUGUCUCAGCCACAAGACAAGCCAACAAACCUCUUCAAACACAGUUUAACACUCAAGACAAAUACAAACAAUACUCUUUCUAACACACCAAAAAAUGUGUUUGAUUUCAAAAGCACAAGUUUUGUGCAAAAAGUCAAAACUCCAAUUGAGCCGAGCACUCCGUCUAAGACACUUGCUACACUCAAACAAACGAUUUUUAAAAACAUCGGAACUCAAAGGGGAGAAGACGAGACUCAAAUCAAAGCUAAUAGAAAUCGAUCCCGAAUUAAUCUUAUGAUCGAAAGAGCUAACGGUGACGUAAAGAGGUUGGAGGAAGUGAUGAUGGGAAUUGAAAGAGAAAGCGACUUUGAUGGAAUAACAGAGGAUAACGUGAGAAAGAUGGUUGGUUGCAUUAUACACAUAUUGACGGAAUCAAACGACAAACAGAAGCAAUUUGUCGCAUUGCAGUUUGUCUGGGAAAUGAUACGGAAAUACGAGGACAUGUUCGAGGGUAAAGAUGGCUUUGUCAUGUCAACACAACUACUCAGCGCCAUAUCACUUUUCGCAAAAACAAGCGCUGUUUAUGAUAAAGAGUGUCCUUUAUCACAAAACGAAAUUCAGUGGGUCCUUAGUUUCUUAUGUGGAUAUUGUAAGUAA